AUGUUGCUUUCAUUAUAUAGUGAAGAUGAAACAGGUUAUAAAGCUGGAAAAUGCAAUUUAGCAAUAAAUUAAGUUGUUAGCUUUUCUGAAACAAAUUACAAUCGAAUGAUGAUGAAAAAAACAAAUGGUUUAGAUUUAAAUGAUUAUGUUAAAUAUUGGUCUGUUAUAUAGAUUAUAGAUGAUGAAUCAAGUGGAUAUUUAGGAUUAAUUUUGGAAAAUUAAGUUGAUAAAUAAUUAGUACUUUCUCAUAGAUCUACAAAUUUUAAAUUAUCUUUUUAAAACAACAUAUUUAAAUAAUCUGGUGUUUAAUGUGAUGUUUAAGGAGUUGUUUAAUAAGGUUUAACAAAUCAUCAAGCAUAAGGUUAUGAAGCAACAAAAUUAUCACUUGAUAUAGCAAAGAAAAAAGAAUAUUCUUUAUCAUUUUGUGGACAUUCAUUAGGAGCUUGGUUAGCAGAAUUAAGUGUAUAUUAUUGUCAUGCUGAAUUUGAUGUUCCUUGUUAUAAUGUUAAAGCAGUAACAUUUGAUGGACCUGGAAGUUGGGAAAUGAUGAAAAAAUUAAAUUCAAAUCAUUUCAAAGGAUAAGGUAGAUUUUUUGAUCAAAAAUAAUUAGAAAUUAUUAACUAUUUAUCUGCUCCUAAUAUUGUUAAUUGUUUAAAUACACAUGUAGGAAUAGGCUAUAGAUUAUAUCCAAAAAAUAUAGAAACAGUAUAAUACAUUUCUAAAAAGUUUGGUGAUGCUUUAGCUUCAAACAAAGGACAUGAUCUUAAAUAUCUUUUACCUUUUUUUGAUCCUAUUAUUGGUAAACCAACUGAAUUUGCUUUAAUUAAAAAAUGGCCAAAAAUUAAAUAUUCCAAAAAAAAUGAAAAGUAGAAUAAUAAUAAUAAUACUAAUACACUUAAAUCUUUAGUUAUAUUAUUUUCUGAAUAUUUAACAGGAAAAUUCGAUUUUUAAUAAUUUUGGGAUGUUCAUAGUUAUUUAAAUAGAUCAGAUGGAUAUAAAAUUAAAAAAAAGGAUGAUUAUUUUCAAGAAUUUUGUAUUUAAAUGAAAACAGGAUAUUAAGAAUCUACAGCUAAUCUAUAUUCAAGAAAAAUUAUUGAUAAAAUAGAUGAAUAUUUAUAAAUUAUAUUUGAUAAAAAAGAUUAUGUUGAAAUGUCAGAAAUUAAUUGUUAAUUGAAAUCGCUCCUUAACAAAAUUAUCCAUGCAUAUAAAUGUAUACGUUAAACAUUUAGUCAUGAAAUAAUUAUAUUAAUAGAUUAUAGAUCAUAACUUAAUAUAGAUCUUUUAAGAGAUCAAAUUAGAAUUAUAUUAAGAGAUCAUAAAUAACAAUUUCUCUAUUUUUUAGAUGAAAAAUUUCAAGAAAAUAACAUUAAAUAUUAAUGUUUUUUAGGUAAAUUAUGUGAUACCUCAUAAUAACAAAUUGAAAGAUUAAAUAUUAUACAAUUUGAAGAUUUAUUUAUGUCUUCAAAUAUAAUUGCAAUUGUUGGACCUAAGAGAAUAGGUAAAACUAUUUUAGCAUAUUAAUAUGCUUUAAAAUUAAAAAAAGAAGGAGCUUUAAUUUGGCCAUUUAGUUAUCAAUCUGAAUAAACCUUUAUUGAUAAUAUUCAUUUUUAUGCUUAAACUAUAAAAUUAGAUAUUGAAAGUUAUGGAUCAGAUAAGGAGAUUAUUGAUUUAUUAAUUUCUCAAAUAGAAUCCUCUAAAGUUCGAUUAGUUUUAGUAAUAGAUAAUAUUGAAAAAGAUUUUUCAUUUCUUGAAAAAACUAUUAAGAAGUUUCCAUAAUUUAUAAAAAUUAUCUUAAUUUCAACUAACAGCUUAAUAUUUCAUACUACUUAGUAUUAAAUAAUUAAAGUAUAACCUUUUUCAGAAAAAGAAUGUUUAAAAUAUAUUGAUGCCUCUUUAAAAUAGAAAAAUUUAACUACAACUUAAAAAGAAUAAUUAAUAGCUUUAUCAAAUAAAAUGCCAGAACAUCUUUUUAUGUUAAUUAAUUACAUAAACAGCCCAUAACAUAUCUUUAAAUCUGUUACAUAAAUUUUUCAAACAUUAUUGAAGAUUAAUCAAAAUAAUGGAAUAUAUACUCCAUUAAUCACUUUAUUUGAAAAUGAACAUUUAUGCUAAACUGCCUUGUAAUAUUUGGCAUGGUUAGAUCCUGAAAAUAUUGAAAUAAAUAUUCUUAGAGAUUUAUUAAAUCUUUAUGAAAAUGAUGAUUAGUAAAUUGAUGAAUCUAUUGAAAAACUAUAUUGCUCUUCUUUAAUUACCUUGAAAGAUGAGAAUCAUAUCUCAAUUCUAAAACCUAUUUAAGAUGAAUGCAGAAAGUUUUAAUUUACGAUUAAAUAAUUAACUAAAAUGCUACAUUAUUUUGUUAAAAAAUUACCUAAUAUUUAAACUAAUUAAUAUAAUCAAUCUUCAAUUUAAAUUACUGAAUAUUACAUUAGUCAUAUAACAAAUAUUGUAAGAAUAAUAAUUAAUAAUUAAGAAUUUUAUAUAGAGUAAUAAAAUGAUUAGGUUUUUUUGGAAACUUUAAGUAUGCUUGUUUUUAAAUUAUGCAUUAUUCAUCAAUAUAUUUUAAUAAAUUACAAAAUUUGUAAAACAUAUUAUGAUUUUUUAAUUCAAUUGCAAACUCUAAUGAAUCAUGAAAAUUUAUUUAUUAACAACUAAUAAAUUAGGGAGACAUUUUUAUUGAAUAAAAUCGAUCUAUACAUUUAAAUAGGACUUUAUGAUGAAGCUAUUAAAGAAAUUAAUGAUAAUUUAAAUCCAAAUGAUCAUAAAAUAACAGCUGAAACAUAAGUUUAUCUUAAAUAUGAGAUGGCAUGUCUUUAUUCAUAUUAGAAAUAAUAUAAUAUAUCUUCAAAUCAUUUCCUUAAUUGUUUGCUUUUAGAAUAAUAAUCAAAUUUAUUCAUUGCAAAAUGUCAUAUUGGUUUAGCUAUGAAUUACUAUUUAUAGCAAAAUUAUUUUUAAGCUUUUUAAAGAUGUCUUAUUGCAUAAAAUAUAGCUAAAUCAUUAAUCAAUAAUGGUGAGUCUAUAUUGAAUUCUUAAAUUUUAUAAUCUUAAAUUUUUAAUUUAACUGGUAAAAUUUAUUAAAGGUUGGAUAAUUUAGACAUGGCUAAAGAUUGCUUUGAAAAAGCACUAUCUGUUUUGAAGCGAAAUUCAAAUAAUUUUUAGAUAAGCUAUCAAAUUGAUAUAUUAUUAAAUUUAGGAUGUUGUUUUCAAUAAAUGAAGUAGUAUAAAGAUGCUAAAAAUUUAUUUGAUCAAUCAAUGAAACUUCAUAUAAACUUAUAUGAAGACUUUAAAAUAAAAUAACUAUUAGAUAUUUAAUAUUUCUUUGGUAUAAUGUACUUAGAAAAAAAAAAAUUUGGUAAAGCUUAAAAUAAAUUUGAAUUAAUUCUUCAGAUUGCUCACUAAAUAAAAGGAUUGUUACAUAUUUCAAAAAUUAAUUAUUAAAUAGGAGUGAUUGAAAAAAUUAAAGGGAAUUCUUUUGAAUAUUUAAAAUAGUUAGAAACUAUUAUAAAAAAUCUAAAAGAAUAUUAUUGUUAUUUUCAUCCACUUUUACUUUUUUUUCUUCAGCAACUUGGAGAAGCUUACAAAGAAAUUUUUACAGAUGAGGGAAAGAGAAUUGAAUUGUAUUAGUAAUCAUACUUCUUGAAAAUUAUUUAUAUUAAGUAGAUAGAAUAAAAUGAUUAAAAUAAAGAUGGAUUCACAGAAAUAGAUAUUAAUGAAGAAAUAGAUGAAUUUUAAAAUAUAUAAUUUAUGGAUGAUUACGAUUUUUCAUUGUUAGAAAAAAGAAAUAAAGACUUCUACUAAACAAAAAUCACAAGAGAUUUAAUUAAGGCUAGUGGUAUAAUAACAUAUUAGGAAUUCAAAAUUAAAUCAAAAAUAUAAGUAACUUUGAAUUAAAUUUAACAAUAUGCUUUCUUAGGUAAGUGGAAAAAAGAUGUUUUAGGAAUAUUUUCAGAAAGUAUUAUAGAUUUAAUUUCUGUUAAAAAAAUCAAAACUAAAUUAGGACCAUAAUUUAAUUCAAUUUAAGAUCUUAAAAUAGCUUUUAUGCUGUGUUUUGAAUCUAUUAAUAUUGGAAUAGUGCAAUCAAAUUUUAAAUAUAUCGGUAUGCUUGUUUAUUUUUCUGAAAAAAUGAAAAGAAAAUCUAAUUUGUAAAAUCUCUUAGAAGAAAUACUUAUUUUACAUCCAGAAUAUUUUUUAGAUGUCAAGAUUUUGAAAUUUCUAUCUAAAGAUUAAGGUAUUUUAAUUAAAUUAUAAAGGAAUUCCAUUUUAAACUAUUACUAUAGAUAGCAGCACAAAUUAAACAAUUAAAGAUUCUUUAAAGAAAUAAAAAGAAAAAAAAUAAGUAGAAUAAGUAGAACUCAAUCAACUAAUUUAAGAAAGCAGUAUAUUUAUUGAAUGA